GCAGAGCCUUGUGACGCAGCUGUUAAGGGGGCGGGCAGGUGCUGCCGCGCCUAGCCCGCCCUCUUCCGCUGCCGCCGUGGGAAUGGAAACAUCUGCCCCACGUGCCGGAAGCUUGCUAACCACACCAGCGCGGUACUCCGUGUCCUGCCGCCCCGAUCCUCUGCGAGUGGCCUCGCGAGAAGUGCUCGCCGAAAUGGCUGCGUCCAGUCAAGGUAGCUUUGAGGGAAAUUUUGAGUCGCUGGACCUUGCAGAAUUUGCUAAGAAGCAACCAUGGUGGCGCAAGCUGUUUGGGCAGGAAUCUGGGCCUUCAGCUGAAAAGUAUAGCGUGGCAACCCAGCUGUUAAUUGGAGGUGUCACUGGAUGGUGCACUGGUUUCAUCUUCCAGAAGGUUGGAAAAUUGGCUGCAACAGCUGUGGGAGGCGGAUUUUUUCUCCUUCAGCUUGCAAACCAUACUGGGUACAUUAAAGUUGAUUGGCAGCGAGUAGAAAAGGACAUGAAAAAAGCCAAAGAACAGCUGAAGAUUCGUAAGAGCAAUCAAAUACCAACUGAGGUCAAGAGUAAAGCUGAGGAGGUUGUGUCAUUUGUGAAGAAGAAUGUUCUAGUGACUGGAGGAUUUUUUGGAGGCUUUUUGCUUGGCAUGGCAUCCUAAGGAGGACAACUUCACUUCCAUUGUUCUAAUUUUUUUCUAAUCAGCAGCCUCUACACUCCAUCAUAGGACAUCAAGUCUCUCCUGUUCUCCCAUGCCUUCCUCCCUGUUGUGUCAAACCGGAAUUGGCUUCUAUAGUCAUCUGUUGGUACAAGUUAAUACAGGCCCUGCCUGCUGUGAGCUUGAUGGUGAUGGAAGAGACAUUAGACAUUAGCUCUCCACCCAGUAUACUCCCCACUCGGUCAAUCUGUAGGUCAGCAAAAAUGUCCUUUCCCUUAUAAAAUACUUACCAGAAUACAUUGCAAGAUCAUUUGCCAUGAAUGGGUCCUCAAAGGUUGUCCCACACUUGAUUUGGAAAAGAAGCAGAUAGUUACCUCAUGUGCUGCAUGGGAAGGAAGUGAAUACAUUUGCCUUUAAGCAUGAAAGAUUUUGGUAUCUUGGUGUGUAUUUUAUUUCUAGUUGGUUUUAGAUUACAGAAAGAGAAGCUAUUUAAACCUGUUAUAAUUAUUCUGACAAAAAUGGCAGUCUAAGAAUGAUAAAUGACAGAAAUCUGAAUAUGAAAUGAACUUAUGCUAAAGGGUAUAUGCUGUACUGAAGGUAUUGUAUUUGGUAGGAAGAUCUCUUAGGGAAACCAGCUGUUAGAAAUACAUUGUUGGGUGGUCAGAGAAAUCAUUUAGGAACAUUAAGAUACUAUUCAGGAAUGUUUUCCACCGUAUCAGAUAAUGCAUUUCAUGGCUAUUUCCAAAGAUUUGAUUUAUGGUAAAAUGAAUGAUUUAGAUAGGAGAAGGAAGAAGCACUUGGAUUUUUAUUUCAUAGAAAAGGCUUUGUGCUUUGAAAUGUGAAGUAUUAUUCCUGUGUCACAGCACCAGGGGUAGACAUAGAUCCUCGUUGUCAAUUCUAUUUCUUUAUCCAGUUUGUAUGAAAUGCAGCAUUUAAUCCAGAAUUUUAUUUUAUUUAUUUAUUUUUUGUUGAUUUUUUAAAAAUAAAUGACAGUGGAAUGCA